AUGCCGGAGUUGCCCCAGGUGUUUUCUGUGAAACUGGAUCCUGCUCUGCUGAAGCGUAUAAAGCAAGCCCGAGCUACCCAGCUCGAAUGCCCUUUAUCAGAAUCCAAGGACAUCUGUCCUGUCGAUCAACCAUCUGACACACUUCGCUACCACUCCCGGCUCCUCAAGGAAGUAGUUUCUCCUCUUUCGAACCCGUCCAAUUCUAAGAUCGAAUUCACUUCUAUAGGCGUUGAGUACGAAGAAGAAGAUGAUGAUAUCCUACUACGCCGCAAGCCAGAUAGCCUCCUCGAAAACUCGAAGUUGGCUGCCAAAGCCGCUGCUACCGGCAGAAAACUUCUUGAUCUAGCCAGUGAAGAUAGUAGUGGCAACAGCAGCGGCGAGGAUGUGCGCGAAAGUAGUGCGGUCUGGGAUAAAUCUGGCAACCAAAAAACAAAGGGUCAAAUUUUAUCGGAUGGAGAUUCCAACUGCGAACAAUCUGCUGUGAUUUGCAAGAAAAGUUCAGCUAAAAAACCUGUAUGUUUAGAAUUUGUGGACUUGCUUUUUAUAAUUUUUUUGACUUAA